AUGUGCCGCGCGACGCUACCCGAGGGCCUCACGCCGGAGCACGUCCGCGAGAAGAACGCGGCGCUGAGGGCGGAGGCGGCGGCGAACGCGCAGACGCACGCGAUCGUCGGCGCGGCCGCGCGCGCGAGGGAGGCGGUCCGCGCGGAGUACGUCCGCCGGAUGGUGAAUCGACCGGCGACGGCGGCGUCGGUGCCGCCGGCCAUCUCGGAGGAAGAUGGCGACGGCGACGGGGGCGGCGACGGCGGCGGCGGCGGCGGCGGCGGCGGCGCGACGCGCGGCAUCCCGCCGCCGUGGAUGUCCCCGCCGCGGCCGACGCGCGCGGACUCCGCGCCCGCGACCCCGGCGCGGGGGCUCCCGGUCAUGCGUCAGACCCCCGGGGUGGGCGCCGGCGCGUCGUCGCCGUACGGCGCUCGAGGCGGCAACGCGGCGCGGCGGCGGGUGUUCGUGACCGCGGCCGAGGAGCUGCGUGCGCGCGCGGAAGCGAGCGCGGUCGCGGUCGCGGCGGCGUACUCGACGGCGUCCGCGCCGGCGACGCCGGCGCGGCCGCCGAGCGAGGGAGGGGCGGCGGGACGGGGGGAGGUGGCGCCGACGACGACGAGUAGUCUCUUCCGACGCGCGCCGACGAGCGCUCAACCGCGGCGGCGGCGACUCGGGGGGGGAGAGGGGGGGGACGACGACGACGACGGGAACGGGAACGGGAACGGGAUCUACGGGGGGGAUGGCGUCGCGGACGACGAGGAGGACGACGCCGACGGCGUGAACCUUCGCGCGGUCGCGAGGGCGCUCGGGGGGCUCGACGCGUGGAACGAAGGUCCCGCCGGCGACGCGGCGACGGCGGCGGCGACGGGUCCGAACCCGAACCCGAACCCGAACGACCCGAACGCGCCGAUCGACGCGUCGUUCAAACCGCCGUUCCGGUCCGCCGCGGAGGAGCUCGUCUCGCUGGACGUCUCCUCCGUCGCCGCGAUCGACGCCGUGCGCGCGGCGGCGGCGAGCGACCUCGUCGUUGACGGCGUCGCGUCCGCGCCGGCGACGCCGUUCGCGGCUCCGACGUUUGACGACGAGAUGGCUUCUCGGCCGGCGCUGCUCGCCGCGGCGUCGGCGGUGGAGGCUGCGAUCGAGGCGGGGGACGCCAACGCGGAGGCGCGCGCGAGGGCGAUCGUCAGGGAGCUGUUCGCCGCGUCCGUCGACAACGUCAACGUCAGGGGGGGAGCGGGGGUGGACGCGACUUUGUAG